UGCAGCUUCACUGGGACUUCAUUCAGACAGACGCGAGGCUCAGACGGUCAAAGCUGCUGCAGCCGUUCAGUCACACCGGACAAGUUCUUACUCUGGACUCUGGACACUUCGCGUGAUUGACAACGUUACUAAGUCAGAGAGAGACGACACUCUGAAACUUUCUGCAGGAAAGGCAAACAAGUUGUAUGCGCCUCAGUGAAAGGAAUAAACCGCCUCGAGAGGAGACGUCAAGUUGGUUUUACGCACGGACUCCAGAGACCAGAGGCUGAUUUUACAUUUUUAUGGACAUUUUAUUAUAUUUUUUUCUUAAAAUUUCUUCUCUAGGACACAUUUGAAUCUCUUACUGCGUGGCGUUGGAGCAGUCGAUGGACAAACAGUGCUGGUAAAACUGUUACGGGGCUGUUAAAUUUAUUGGAACGUGACCACCGGAGAUGAACUUUCUCCACAAUGAUUGCUGGACUUCUGGUGAAUGAUUGACAGCCGAGGCUCGUCUGGCGCUACAUGGACCUUUAUGGACACACUGGGUUUUUACCGAGCCUCCAAGGACCUGGUGUGUGAGCCAAUAACGGUGCCAAUGUGCAAGGGCAUCGGCUACAACCUGACCUACAUGCCCAAUCAGUUCAACCAUGACACCCAGGAGGAGGUGGGGCUGGAGGUGCACCAGUUCUGGCCCCUGGUCCGGAUCCGUUGCUCUCCGGACCUGCUCUUUUUCCUGUGCAGCAUGUACACGCCGAUCUGCCUGCCGGACUACCGCAAGCCACUGCCACCCUGCCGCUCCGUGUGUGAACGGGCCAAACGUGGCUGCUCUCCUCUCAUGAGCCAGUAUGGCUUCGAGUGGCCUGAGAGGAUGAGCUGUGAGCAGUUGCCACAGCUGGGCGACGAGACCUUGUGCAUGGACCAGAACAGCAGUGAGGCCACCACUCAAGCUCCACCGUUUCCUAAGCCCACCCCUAAAGGCCGGACCAGACCUCCAAGCCCCCCUCAGUGCGACAGGGAGUGUCGCUGUCGAGACCCGCUGGUCCCCAUCAAGAGGGAGUCCCACAGUCUGUAUGGCCGGGUCCAGACUGGACCUCUUGCCAACUGUGCCCAGCCCUGCCACCAGCACUACUUCACAGCUGAUGAACGUGCCUUCACCAGCUUCUGGAUUGGACUCUGGUCUGUGCUGUGCUUCAUCUCGACCUUUACCACCGUGGCCACCUUCCUCAUCGACAUGGAACGCUUCAAAUACCCAGAGAGGCCCAUCAUCUUCCUGGCUACCUGCUACCUCUUUGUCUCCUUGGGUUAUAUCAUCCGUCUGGUUGCAGGUCAUGAGCGGGUGGCAUGUGGAGCCAGCAGCAGCAGCAGUGGUGGAGACCAGCUGCACAUCCUCUAUGAUACCACUGGCCCAGCUCUCUGCACCCUGGUCUUCUUGUUAGUGUACUUCUUCGGCAUGGCGAGCUCCAUCUGGUGGGUGGUGCUGUCCUUCACUUGGUUUCUGGCAGCAGGGAUGAAGUGGGGCAGUGAGGCCAUCGCAGGAUACUCUCAGUAUUUCCACCUUGCUGCCUGGCUUAUCCCCAGCAUCAAGUCCAUCGUAGUCCUGGCUCUCAGCUCCGUGGACGGAGACCCCGUAGCUGGAAUCUGUUAUGUGGGGAACCAGAGUCUGGAGAAUCUGAGGGGAUUCGUACUUGCACCUCUCGUGGUUUACCUCUUCACCGGUUCACUUUUCUUACUUGCCGGCUUUAUUUCCCUCUUCCGCAUCAGGAGCAUCAUCAAGCAAGGUGGCACCAAGACAGACAAACUGGAGCGGCUGAUGAUCCGUAUUGGGCUCUUCACGGUUCUCUACACAGUCCCUGCCACCAUCGUGGUGGCUUGCCUGGUCUACGAGCAGCACUUUCGGCCCGGCUGGGAGCGAGCCUUGGCCUGCUCCUGCCUGUCCGAGCGUCAGCGCCUGGGUCUGGGCCCAGACUACGCCAUCUUCAUGCUCAAGUACUUCAUGUGCUUAGUGGUGGGCAUCACCUCAGGGGUCUGGAUUUGGUCAGGCAAAACCCUGGAUUCCUGGAGGAGGUUUGUGGCUCGGUGCUGCCCCUGUUGGCUACAGAAAGCCAAUGCGCCACCCUCCAUGUACAGUGAGGCCAGUACUGCUUUAACUGGACAUAGUGGAACGGGUCUGACAUCAGGGAUCUAUCAUAAAGCUGCUCCAUCUCGUAUAUGAAGUUACCGAUACAGUUAAAAAAAAGGACUUAUCUUCUGAACACUACAGUGUCACAACACAAACGACCUCAGGAUUGUGUGUCCUGAAUGUUAGUUCUGUGUAAAAAAAAAAAGAGGGGGAAACAACCUGGGUAACAAGAAUAAAAAACUGCCUUUUUGCUUUUCCAGCUGAAUCAGUCAACAAAUCUGAUAUUUACAGUGAGAUCACCAGAGUUAUGGAUAUUUAAUAGAAUCACACACGCCUCGUUUCUUCCUGUUUUUCCUGAGAAUUGAGAGAGAAAAACAAACUUAUUUAUUUCUGUACAUAUAUACAUUGUGUACAUCUGCUGUAAAAAAAAUAUAUAAAAUAUGGUGUAUGAUGUGAAUAUGUUUACUUAGUGAUCAACCAGAAAAAAGACGCCAGAAAAAACAAAUCAUGUCUGAUUUGAAUUUGUACAAAGUUGUACAUAUCAGUGUUUCAGUGAGACAGUUUGGAGUUUGUAUUGUGUGACGACGAAUUGAAGAUGAGCAGAUGAAACUGUCCUCGUUUAGGAUUUAUCAGUCAUGUGAGAGUGAACAAAAAAAGUAAUUCAGCCGUUUUUAUAUAGAUGACUCUCACACUUCGGUCAGUCUGUGCAUGAGAUGUGAACCAGUUUUGUCAGUGUCAUGUGAAAUAACAAGGCAAUGAUGAGGUUAAAGUGGCAGGAGGACGCUGCCCUUGGCCUUUAUCACCACCUACUGGUUCUCAGUGGAACUGAGCAUAUUAACAUAUCAUCAGAUAACAUUUAGCAUCAAAACUGCCUAUAAAACGGUGUUAAUGACACAGCUAAGUGGAACGUUUUUUUUCUUAAACAGUCAACUUUUGUAAUGAUUUAUGAUUUCUGUUGUGACAAGAUAUUCCAGGACUUCUGCUGUUCUUCUUUUCUCACGUCACACUGUCUGGGUUUAACUAUGAGACUUUGGAAAUCCUGACAGGCAUUUUCUCCAUUUACUUCAGGUAAAAAAGGAGUCAAACAUUAUAUCUGCCCUAUAUACAUUUUAUUUGGACAACGUAAGAUUGCAUUCUGUAAUUUAAAACCAUUUUAGUUUGUAAUUGGUUAAAGGUCAAAUCUUCUAAAAUGACAUCACAGUAAACACAAGUCAUUAUUACAGCAUAUAUAUAGAACUUUUACUUUAUUUUUUUAACCACCGCUGACCUUUUAGAGCAACAAAGCACUUCUCUGUUAAAAAAAAAUGUAAUCAGCAGUGAUCUGCGGACUAAUACAUGUCAUUCGCUUUUCAUGGCCUCUGUGUGAAAGAGCCUCCUGUAUUUGUUCGGAGGUCAGUUCAUGUCACUGUCGAGUUAUUCAGGGCACAAGUUAAAAACUACUAAAUAAGAAACGGAUGAGUUCAAACAGUCACAGCAAUACAAGCUUUAAACAGACGCAAUCUUAAACAAGCCUCAGUUCCUUCCAGUUCUGCCUCCUGCUGUGAUGUUUUGUGUUGAUUGGCCAGUUGUGUUCUUUUUAAACCACUGUGUGUCUAUAUGUUAGAUAGUAUGUCUAAUUUAUUAGUCUGAAUUGAGUGAAUGUGUCUUUGAGUGCUGAUGAAUAAGUGCCAGGUGUGUUUAAACGUAUAUCUGCUGUCACUGUGAUAAACUCCCCCAGGAGAUUUGAAAAAACUGGGGACUAAAACAGAGUUGAUCUCAAGUUUGGUGCAUGUCCCAUAUACAUUUAUGUGUAUCUGUAUAUGUGGCAUAAUGUACUGUGUGUGAAUUGUUUUAUCUGGUUUUCCUGAGGAGAACAGCAGUGUUUUGUUUUAGUUGUGUGAAAGAAUAAAGAUGUGUGCAUCAGUC